CGUAAUUCGCAACUCAUCGUGUCGAUAGAAAUUGUGUAAAAAUUAGAAUUUUAGUGAAUAAUUAUUGGUUGUGAAAUUAUAUAAUUAUUGUUUUGUCAUCAAGAAACAUUGAGUGAAAUGGAGGAAGACAAUUCUUCGGCAGAUUUCUUCUUUGAGGUUUGGAAAGUUGAAGAAGUUUCGGGAUCAUCGAAAGUUCCGGAAAAACUCGCAGACUUUCAAGGUUCUGAAACGGCUCAUCUGAAAUUUCUCCCUCUCCGGUAACGCUAUGGCUCUUAAAAUGGACGCGAGGCUGUUCGCAUCCGUUGCCGUCGUCGUCGUCCUCAAUUUAUUCGUAAUCGUUCCUCGCAGUUGCGAUGCAUUGCGUCCAAUCAAGAUCGGUGCGAUCUUUCAUGCGGGGGACGAAGAGUACAUGGAUGCGUUUAUGAAGGCGGUGACCGACACGAAAUUCGAACACAUCGCACCCUCGUUCAAGAUGGAAGCUAGUAUAAAGCAAGUGGAAGUUAAUACUGACAGCUUCAAAACCGCUGCCGCUGCUUGCAAACUUUUGGAGGAGGGUGUGGCGGCGAUCUUUGGACCCUCGAGCCCCUACACUUAUGGGAUCGUAGCUAGCAUCGCGGCCAGGUACGAUGUGCCUCACAUCGACUAUUUCUGGAGACAAAAUGAAGAGCUUCAGGCGAAUCAGGAGCCGAAAAAUCCGAAACCGAUGACCAUCAACUUCUUUCCCGACAGCGAGAUGGUCGGCCAGGCGAUCGCCGACGUGGUCGAAUCCAUGAAGUGGAACACUUUCGCGGCCGUCUACCAAAACAACGACGGCCUGUCACGUAUUCAAAAGGCUCUGUCUCUGAGACGGAAGAAGGACACCGCGGUGACGAUAAGAAGGUGGGGAAGGCCGGAUUUUCGCCCGAUCCUGAAGGAGAUACGAGCAAUGUCGAUCUGCAACGUGGUCAUCGACGUCGAGCCGAGGAACAUCAUGAAUGUGCUCUACCAGGCGAAGGAGGUCAAGCUGCUGGCGGAGUACUGUAAUUUCUUAAUUACUUACCUGGAUUCGGCAAAAUUGUCCCUGUGGAAGGUGCGGGAAGAAUCGACGAUCAAUAUCACUGGACUGAAUUUGCGAAACGAGGAAGGAAACGAGGUGAAAGGAAUUAAUUGGGUGGAAUCGACCAUUUUAUACGAUUCCGUCUUCCUGGUGUACAACGCGCUGGAAACUUUAAACGCGAGGAAUCAGGAUAACGCAGAGGGUGAAACUAUUGACCCAGUACCGCUCUCUUGCGAAGGAGAAGAGAAAUACAGCGCAGGUCCCAACAUUACCAACGUGAUACGCGAGCUAUCCAAAGAGGGAAAGAUCACAGGGCCGAUUACGAUCGACGAAAAUGGUAGACGUCAAUUCUUCAAGUUGAAGAUCAUAGACGUGAGACCAGAUGAAAACGUGGAAAUAGGAUAUUGGGAUCCGAAAGGUCUUCACACGGCCGACAACGAAAAGGAACGCGAGAGUUAUUUGUACAAAUCUAUCGAACAGAAGAAAUUCAAGAUUAGCACUAAAUUGGGUCCACCGUAUGUAAUGGAAGUGACAGACAGCGCAACUCGAGGAAUACUGAUCGAGCAAACGCGUUACGAAGGCUUCUGCAUCGAUCUCAUCGAGGAGAUUGCCAAACUGUUAAAUUUUAAAUAUGAGUUCGAGUUGGUGCCGGACGGUAAUUACGGCACGUUGAACAAGGAAACGAAACAAUGGAAUGGCCUGAUCAGACGUUUAUUGGAUCACGAUGCGGAUCUGGCUAUUUGCGAUCUGACAAUUACGUACGAGCGCGAAAGCGCGGUCGAUUUUACAAUGCCGUUCAUGAACCUAGGUAUCAGCAUUUUAUACAGGAAACCGGAGGAGAAGGAACCGGAUCUGUUCUCGUUUCUGUCGCCGUUGUCAACCGACGUCUGGAUUUACAUGGCGACCGCUUUCUUAGCAGUUUCGAUAAUGCUGUUUCUACAGGCCAGAAUGGCGCCAGGCGAAUGGGACAAUCCGCAUCCGUGCAACCCGGAUCCGGAGGAAUUGGAAAAUAAUUUCGACUUGAAAAACUCCAUGUGGCUCACCGUCGGCUCCCUCAUGCAACAGGGAUCUGAUAUACUUCCCAAAGCACCCUCCAUCCGAAUGGUGGCCGGUAUGUGGUGGUUUUUCACUCUGAUAAUGGUCUCCUCCUACACGGCCAACUUGGCCGCCUUCCUGACUGUUGACAAGAUGGACAAUCCGAUCAAAGGCGUCGAAGAUCUAGCCAAGCAGACGAAAAUCAAGUACGGAGCCGUGGCUGGUGGAUCCACGUCCGCUUUCUUCAGGGAUUCCAAUUACUCGACCUAUCAACGCAUGUGGGCGGCCAUGCAGGAAGCGAGGCCAAGCGUGUUCACCAAGACCAACGACGAGGGGGUGGAUCGAGUGUUAAAGAAACGCGAUUACGCUUUCCUCAUGGAGUCAACCACGAUCGAGUACAGAAUGGAGAGGAACUGCGAUCUCGACAAGGUCGGGGGCCUGAUCGAUAACAAGGGAUACGGUAUCGCUUUGCCGCGAAACUCACCAUACAGAACGCCCAUAAGCGGAGCGAUACUGAUGCUGCAAGAGAAAGGGGUGCUCCAAGAUCUGAAGAAGAAGUGGUGGGAGGAACGAGGCGGCGGUUUGUGCUCGAAAAUCGAAGCGGAGCCGACGUCGUCCAGCGAAUUAGGAUUGGCCAACGUCGGUGGUGUCUUCUUGGUCCUCCUGAUCGGAUGUUGCGGCUCGUUCAUCAUCGCCGUCUUUGAAUUCCUGUGGAAUGUACGAAAGGUCGCCGUGAAGGAGAAGGUUACGCCGUGGGAGGCGCUGGUGGCGGAAUUGAAAUUCGCCGUGAAUAUUUGGGCGGAGACGAAACCCGUUAAAAUCUCUAAAAGCAGCGGCACGAGUUCGAUGGAGGACGGGAUCGGUCGGGCUGCAUCCACGGCCCGUUCAAUCGUCGGCUCGUUCCUUCGUCUCGACAUCCUCGACAAAUUCGAUAAAGAUAACAGUGCCAACAACCGCAAUAACGAUCGCAAGAUCAAUUAAAAUUCCAUUGUGUUAUUAACAUCUGUUACGUUUAACAAAUUGGAAAAAGUGGAGAAAAACGCCUCCGCUUUUACCGAUCCGUUUGCCGAUUUUGUUGAAACGGCUAGGCUGAAAAGCGCGAAAUAUCAGUAUAAUUCUACUUUCUAUAAUAUCGAAUUUAAGUGAUUUAAUUUUAUGAUUGAACCAAUUUGUUCAACUUAUUCUUCUUCUUGUUGUCGAAUCGAAGUGUAAGCGUUAAAAGCUAAUCUGUCUCGUUGACAAUUAUUAUAGGAAAAAGAAAAGAUUAUUAUUUAGAAUCUUAGCAAUUUUUAUAAACACCCUUCGUAUCUAAUCGUUCAACGAAAUAAACCGUUACAAUUAAACCGAUUGGAAAUUUCUUCGCUCGUAUCGCGAUCGAUAAAAGAAAGAGGCGAAAAUAAAAGGACGAAAAAGAAUUUGAAAAACCAACGAAAAGGGGGGGAAAAAGAAGGAAAGAAAAUCUUUCUCGUGCCACCGCGCGUAAAGUCGUCAAGUGUUGUUCAACGAUGGUCGCAAAAUGGCGACGUCAUGGAACGGGAGAAAUCUCCGCUGUAGGUCCGGUAGGAAAGGAAUCCAACAAUAUUUGGACUCCGGCCACAAUGGCGCUAACGAACCGUGGCCUUGGUUUAGAAGAUUUUCGUCCCGAGAGAUCAGCCGUGUGUGUACCAGUACCCCCCGAGAGCCGGCAUCUUUGUGUCAUUAUUAUCGAGGGACGUUUCUAACCGUUUCGAUCGCCGUCGACAAGAAGACACUUUCAACUUUACCGCCACUGUCGAAGCCUCGCGUCAAAGCCAACUCGACGACGAACAACUGGCCUCCCCACCGAUGAUCUCGUGAUUCAUUCGAUCGAUCCUCGCCUGUAUUUUCAUCUCUUUUGGAAAACUUGGGCAACCGUUUAUUUAAAUGGUUGAAAAGAUUCGAUGUAACGUUUGAAUC